AUGGAACCUUCUACGUCACGGGAAGAUGGUUUCUUUGGCAGUCCCAUUUUGUUCCAUCCAUUUCACGGCGAAAAUAUCGAGCUUCUGGAACAUAGAAGGCGAGCCCUCCGUCGCGUCAGCUUUGAAAAGGGUAUCGUUUUCUCGGAGCGUGCUCUGUUAGAGGGAGAAUGCUUCUUCAUAUCAAUUGAGAGUGUAGAAGGUGGCUGGUCUGGUCAUCUGAGGAUUGGAUUGACGACGGUUGAUCCUGAGACGAGACCUUCCAUUCGAAGCCUCGACUCAAAUUCCUGGCUCUUCUCCGUUUCUCCUUUCAUUGUUCCAUUUCAAAAUACUUUAACUACCCGCUCUCUUCCAACGGAAAAAGGUUCACUGAUUGGAGUUUACUAUGAGAACAGCACGGAAACUCCAAGGAUUCAUGUUGUAUUAAAUGGCUUUGACUUUUGUCCAAACUUUGGGCAAAUCACUUCCAACCUUCCCUUUUUUGCUGUUGUUGAUGUUUUUGGCAGUACGAAAGAGGUUCGAGUUGUGUAUCCAGGUCCACGCAUGCCAGCUCGUCUGUAUACUCUUUGUUCGGAUCGACUUCGCUGUCUGUAUAACGAAAGAAAGUGCUCUUUGUCCAGGCUACCAGCUCCUCUUCGUAGUCAAUUGGAACAGGAAUGGGAUAGAGACAAACGAAAUUCAUCAUAUUAUGAUUGGGAAGGAGUACGGUAG